AUGGGAAAUGCUGUUUACACCGAUCAGAUGGUUUGCCAUGAGACAUUGGACGAAUGUCGAUCUCAUUGCGAUAAGUCGGAAUGUGUAUUUGUAGAUAAAUGCAAUGGUGCUGCCAAGCAGUUCAUCUGUGUUCCAAUUGAUCCAAAAUUCAUGAUGUGGAUUAUGAUUGUAUCUUUUCUAAUCGUUUUACUGGUAUGUUCAUCAUUGGUUGCCUGUUACAUCUGUCGCGCUGUUCGCCGGUCAUAUCAAAUGCAAAUUCAAUACAACUCAAAUCGCGAAGUCGUUUUCAAUAAUCCUGGAAGAGUUCAUCAUAUUCAUUGCGACAAGCAAUAUUCUAAUGGUCCGAGACGCCAGUAUUAA